AUGUCUCUUUUGUUGGAAUCGUUUCUGGACCAGAUUCACCAGAAUUUCCAUUUGAUUGACUAUGAAAUCAAUGAAUACAUGGUCAGAUAUGAGAGUAGCCAAAAGGUUGAGCUCAUUCGAAUGCUCGUUUCGAGGCUUCUGGAUUGGUAUAAAGCUUGGGCGCCCCCACCAGAGUUUGUGUCUCUUCUCUUUACUCGAAUCCCCCAAGCGUUGACCGACUCAAGGUUAGGGCCUGUCGUCGCAUCUUCAUACACUCUCACCUUCCAGACGCGCCUUUUCUCCGGUCUCCCCAACUCCUUCACCCAAGGCUUCAAAUCCCUGUGCACCUGGUGCCUCGCACCAGAGAACUUCCCUCCCUCUGACACCCUCGCUGCUCUAUCACCCAACAUGGCAGUCGUAUGGCGCGACUUUGAAGUUCUCGGUCUUAUAGACCGCUACGAAUCCGUCAUCGCGAGUGUGGGAUAUGAGUUCAUCGAGAAGCACGUCAUCGAGGUGUGCGAGGGGAACUGGUCAAAGCCCAUGCUGGAGGAACUACGAAACUGGAUGUCAGCCAAGGUCGUCCCUUGGAUGCUCCAGAUUUACGCUCGCGGUGCCACGAGUACCGAGGAGGCGAGGUCGAUGCUCCAGGGCGUUGGCUCUCGUUUCGAUUUCCACAUCAAUAAGACCCUGUGCGAUUUGAGGACGAGGGAAAUCUUCGACAUCAUCAUCGAUUUCCCCGACUCGAUGUGCGCGCUUCAAGACUUGAAGGAGUGCCUCCAGCGAGUUGACCAGCGAGGUCCGCUCGUAACUGCUCUCCGAAAGGCAAACGCGAAACGACUACUUCAUCCGGGUGCCGACACCAAGCUCAUCCUGACCCAAUAUGUCGCAACCAUCAAGUGCCUGCGGAUAGUAGAUCCUCCUGGCGUUCUUCUCUUCAAGGUAGCCGACCCCAUUCGAAGAUAUCUCAGAGAACGCCCUGAUACCAUCCGGUCAAUCGUUGCCAGUUUAGUUGGGGAUGAUGACAGUGGCGACUCUUUACUCGACGACAAUGAGCCCAUCCAACCACUGCAGCAACUCGAAACGGAAGACUACAGCGACGUAAUGUGGGAACCAGAACCCGUCGACGCAGGACCAGAAUUCCGAACGAACAAACCAAGCGACAUCAUCAGCACGCUCGUCAGUAUCUACGAUUCGAAAGAUCUGUUCGUCAAGGAACUGCAAGUCCUGCUUGCACAACGAUUACUGGCCAUCACUGAUGGUGACAUUGCGCGCGUUGAACGGGAGCGCAAGAAUAUCGAAAUCCUGAAGAUUCGUUUCGGGGAAGCUGCCUUGCAGGUUUGCGAGGUCAUGUUGAGGGAUAUGACUGAUUCGAAACGUAUCGAUACCCAUAUCCAAGCACAAGCACCUUCCGUUGUUCGGCCUACCAUCAUCUCGAAACACUUCUGGCCAUCUCUGGAGUCCAGUGAUUUCACUAUGCCAGGUCAAUUCCAAGCUCUGCAGGAGAAGUACUCGGCAGAGUUUACUCUGUUCAAGCCCGACAAGAAGCUCAAGUGGCUGCCUCAACUGGGCACCGUCCAUCUCGAGCUCGAACUCGAAGACAGGAAGCUGGAUCUCGAGGUGCCGCCGCUGGAAGCGGCCUUGAUCGAGUUGUUCUCGCAGAAAGAUACGUGGACGCUGGAGGAGAUGUUAGGCGUGAUCGGCAAGGUCGAUCGGGCGUCUGCUAUCAAGGCGUUGGCGACGUGGGUGAACAUGGGUGUGCUGAAGGAAGCAGAGGAGAACGUGUUCGUCCUGCUCGAGAGAGAAGAGGAAGGGGAGCCAAGGGAACUCGCGGUGCCAGCUGCACCUGCCGCAGCACCUGUGGCACCCGUACAGAGCAUGCAGCAGCAGCAGGCUGAGAAGAUGCGUGUGUAUUGGAAGUUCAUCGAAGGCAUGCUCAAGAAUCUGGGAAGCCUGCCACUUGAUAGGAUCCAGACGAUGCUUAGGCUCGCACCCGGGUACGAUCAGACGAUCGAGCAGCUGGGCAUGUUCAUGGAGGCUGCCCGCCGGGAAGGGAUGGUUACGAGCCGCGAUGGGAUGUGGAGGUUGCAGUGA